AUGAGGAACUCGGUGUCGGAUCAGAGCUUCGCCAUGGAGAGCGACGACGAGGAGCACCAGCUGGGCGGCAGCGAGGAGGAGUCGGACGGGUCGUCGUCGUGCGGGAGCCCGCGGCCGCGGGUGGUCGAGGCCGCCGGCGGUGGCCACCCUGGCUCCUACGCCAGCCACCAGUGGCCGCAGAGCUACAGGCAGUCGAUGGACAUUUACAGCAGCGUGCAGUCGCCGAGCCUGAGUGGGUUCCUGGGCACGCCCACGCUCAGCAGGCUCUCCAGUUCCUUCCUCGCCACCUCCUUCCGGGGGAAGCAACCACCGGAGAUCGUCAAGCCGCUCCUGCCCACCACCCUGAUCGCCGCCACCGAAGAUGACCAUGUCGAUGAUGCCCGGAAGAGCUCUCACCACUACCUGCCGCCGUCGAGGAAGGCGUCAUCCCUGUUCAAGAUCCCCGAGGACCAAAAGCCUGCUGGCGGUGGGGGUGGCCAUGAGGUGGGGCCCUACCGUCAGUGCUCCUACACCCAGGGCGUCUUGAAUGGAGUGAACGUCCUGUGUGGUGUGGGGAUCCUGUCAACACCUUAUGCCGUCAGGCAGGGUGGCUGGCUUGGGCUGGUGAUACUGGCCGUGCUCGCCGUGCUCGCGUGGUACACCGGCGUGCUCCUCCGGCGCUGCCUCGACAGCAAGGAAGGCCUCGAGACCUACCCGGACAUCGGCCAUGCCGCGUUCGGCACGCCUGGCCGCAUCGUCAUCUCGAUAAUAUUGUACAUGGAACUGUAUGCUUGUUGCAUUGAGUAUCUGAUACUGGAGAGUGACAAUCUAUCAAAGUUGUUCCCCAAUGCACACCUGACUAUAGGGGGCUUCAGCCUGGAUGCCCAUGUGUUAUUCGCAAUCCUUACCACGCUCGUUGUCAUGCCGACAACUUGGCUUCGUGACCUCAGUUGUCUAAGCUUCAUUUCAGCUGGAGGAGUCGUUGCGUCGAUCGUCAUCGUCGCCUGCCUCUUUUGGGCAGGGCUUGUUGAUCAUGUUGGUGUCAACAAGAGCGAAGGGACGGCACUGAACCUCCCUGGGAUCCCCAUUGCCAUUGGCUUGUAUGGGUACUGCUACUCAGGGCAUGGGGUGUUCCCUAACAUCUACUCUUCUCUCAAGAAAAGCAACCAGUUCAAUGCUGUUCUUUUCACAUGCAUUGCGCUAUCUACUGUUCUGUUCGCGGGUGCCGCGGUCAUGGGGUACAUAAUGUUUGGCGAAACCACGGAGUCUCAGUUCACAUUGAACAUGCCCCCAAAUCUCAUGUCUUCCAAGAUUGCAGUCUGGACUACGGUGACAAAUCCAAUAACCAAAUAUGCACUUACCAUGACUCCUCUUGCCCUGAGUUUGGAAGAGCUGCUGCCUUCGAAUAGGCAGACGUACGGGAACAUAAUUAUGCUCAGAUCAGCACUAGUGUUGUCUUCCCUUGUUGUUGCUCUAUCUGUUCCAUUCUUUGGACUUGUGAUGUCCCUAGUUGGGUCUCUUCUCACCAUGUUUGUGGCGUAUAUUCUACCUUGUGCAUGCUUUUUGGCCAUCCUAAGGAGUACAGUGACUUGGAGUCAGAUAGUACUAUGUGUGUUCAUCAUUGUCGUCGGUCUCUGUUGUGCGGGUGUUGGCACAUACUCCUCCCUUUCUAAGAUCAUCCAAAAUUAUCAGUAA